GCUUACCAUGUUUGAUCCCUCAAAGAUCCUACAAAUACAAAGCCAGUUUUAUGCUUUGUAGGAAGAAAGAAGAGGUGAGAAAGGAAAGACAGAAAAUUUUCAGGUUGCAAAGCCACAUACAACCCUAGAUCAAUUUUGAUCUCUGAGACCAGCUGCUAUAACCCAGUGUUGCACUUGAGUUCAGUCGUGCUGCUUAGUGGAGAUCAAACACUGUGCUGAUGCAGCUCCAUGCUUCCUGUUCUUCACUUCCUUCUCACCCUAUACUGGAGACUUAACCUAUGUGAUCAACCACUUCUGGCCUUCUUUUAUUCUUAACUCCAAGGAUUUAAACGAAUACCUCCUGGCUGGGAAUUCCUGUUACACUUCAAGGAAAUACUUCUUCCCUUCUCUAAUUAAGCUCCUUCCAUACACGUAAAGCCGACUCCUUACCUGAGAGAGAGAGAUGGCUGUAGGCAACAUAAAGCUCAUGUGUUUCCCAUUCAUUUGCUCUAUGCAAGCAAGCUCAGUCCAAACAAUCUUGGCAUGUAAACACCUGUGUCCAAGCCAGACCCCAUCAAAUUUUAAAGGGACUACACACAGCCGUGCAGCCAUGGAUCUCCAGGGUUAAUGAUCAGUUUUCCAGCUGAGGGUGACUUGGCAUUGCAAUGAGGAAAUGUUGCCAGCAGAUAUUGCCUGCCAAACUUGUUGGGCAGCCUUGAGAGAAGUGCUAAUAGCAUAUUGCUUGAUGCAGGUUUACCAGUCUUCUAUGAGGAAACCUCAUGUUGAUGGCAUUCACAUUGAACUGCAACAUGCUGCUAUCAGCAGCAAUUGGUUAGAGAUUGAACAAGAGAGUGGGAGAUUUUUGUAAUACGGUAGUCACAGGAACGUGCUCCAGAGCUCAGCUGUUGUGCUCUUCAUUUAACCUCUUCAGGCAAGAAGUUAUCAGAUGCUUCACGAUGAACUCCAUUUCUAGACCAGUUAUUGAGUUUUGCCUUGAUCUCUACAAUAAGCUCAACAGAAAUGCAGAGGACACAAAUAUCGUCUUCUCUCCAAUGAGCAUCUCUGUUGCCCUGGCCCUGAUCCAUCUAGGUGCAAGAAACAACACUGCUGCUCAGAUAGAAAAAGUGCUCCACGUCAGGAAAUCUGCAGGAGGAAUGAGCCUCGGAUAUGAUCAAGAGAAUGCAGCCCCAGAAAUGGAACCAAAAGAAACCUGGGAGAGACAGCCUUCCUUCUCACAGUGUAACAAGGAUGGAGACCUUAACCAUAAAGUGUUCCAGACAUUGCUUUUGCAACUACAAAACCUUGGCGAAAGAUAUGUUUUAACCCUGGCCAACAAUCUCUUUAUACAACAAGGAUUUGAAAUCCAGCAGCAAUUUCUAAUGUGUACCAAGGAACUGUAUGGAGCAAUGCUGCAAACAGUGGACUUUCAUGGUGCUGUUGAAGCUGCCAGAAGAAAAAUUAAUGCUUGGGUUGAGAGUGAGACACAAGGUAAAAUCAAGGAACUCUUUACUCCUGGUGUGAUUGAUGGACAUGCAUUGCUGGUGCUGGUGAAUGUCAUCUACUUCAAAGCAUCCUGGGAACACAAGUUUGAGGAACAAAAAACAGUACAGAGAGAUUUUAAACUGAAUCAGAACAGAAAAAAACCUGUGCAGAUGAUGUAUCAGAAAGGCACAUUUAAACUAGGCUACAUUGAGGAGGUGGGUGCUCAGAUCCUUGAACUCCCUUAUGCUCAGAAGUCACUGAGCAUGAUCAUCCUGCUGCCAGGUGACGUGGCUGAUGGAUCUAUCAGUGGGCUGGAGCAGAUUGAAAGCACAAUGACCUAUGAAAAUUUAAUGCUGUGGACCUCUGUAGAGAACAUGUUUGAGACAACAGUGGAGGUCUACCUCCCCCGAUUCAAGCUUGAAGACACAUUUAACCUCAAUGAGGUGUUACAAGAGAUGGGGAUGACUGAUAUCUUCACUGAAUCAAAAGUUGACCUCUCUGCAAUGUCGUUUGCAAAAUCUCUGGUGCUGUCAAAUGUUGUCCACAAGACGUAUGUGGAAGUCAAUGAGGAAGGCACCGUAGCAGCAGCUGGUACAGGAGCUAGCAUUGUGAGGAGAUCUAUGCCUCUCACAGAAGUGUUUAUGGCUAAUCACCCUUUCUUAUUCUUUAUUCGACACAAUCCUACCAAUACUAUUAUUUUUUUUGGCAAACUCUGUUCACCUUAAAAUCAGGGCUAUUUUAUAACAUUGUAAGGAACACCCGGAUGAAAAUCAGAAAUUGUACUUUUUUUCCCCAGUGCAUUCUUAAUCCUAUGACAGCUGGUUUGUACUUCAAAGUAAUCACUGUAACCAGUUUUGUUUAUAACCUAUUAAUUGGAUGCUCUGUCACUAGGCUCCUUGAAUUGUAAGUAUUGAUCUGAAUCCAUAAUAGGAAUAAAUUUUCCCUUAACCUCA